ACCGCGGGCGGGGUCGGAGCUGGGCCUUCGUGACGCUGAAGCUGCCGUUCCCGCACGCUCAGGCCAGGGCCUCCCUCUCGGGGCCCGGCCCGCGGCAGUGGCUCGGGCUACUGAGUGGGGUAGCGAGCGGCCGCCGAGGCGCAGCAGCGAUCCGGCGGGGGCGGAAAAUGGCGGCGGCUUCGGAGGAGCUAAAUGGCGCCGGGACCCCUGGGGGUGGGGUGGGCCGAGAGCUUCGGUAGAGAAUUGGGCCCGAGAAUGCAGAGAUUGAUAGGCUCACACCAAAAUAUGCUUUUGGGGACUGAUCUAGAAUCUGCAUUUUCUGCGUGAAUCUCUUUAAUUGAUUGCAGUUGAGCUAGAUGGUGGAGCCAAAAUGCUAUUGCCCUGUCUUCAUCUACAGUUAAUCAAGUGUUGCAGAGGUAGGAAUAUGGGCGAGAAGCAAUCUGGAUAACAUGAAAGUAAUGCUGGUGUCUAAGGGAAGGCGACUUGAUUCUGUGGGAAGGGCUAUACCUGAUCCAUCUAUUUUCUAGAUUUGAGUAUGAGCACAGUUGAAGAGGAUUCUGACACAGUAACAGUAGAAACUGUGAACUCUGUGACUUUGACUCAGGACACAGACGGGAACCUCAUUCUUCAUUGCCCUCAGAAUGAAGCUGAUGAAAUAGACUCAGAAGAUAGUACUGAACCUCCACAUAAAAGGCUUUGUCUGUCUUCUGAGGAUGAUCAGAGUAUUGAUGAUUCUACUCCUUGCAUAUCAGUUGUUGCACUUCCACUUUCAGAAAAUGAUCAGAGCUUUGAGGUGACCAUGACUGCAACCACAGAGGUGGCAGAUGAUGAGAUUACUGAGGGAACUGUGACACAGAUCCAGAUUCUACAGAAUGAGCAACUAGAUGAAAUAUCUCCCUUGGGUAAUGAGGAAGUUUCAGCAGUUAGCCAAGCAUGGUUUACAACUAAAGAAGAUAAAGAUUCUCUGACUAACAAAGGACAUAAAUGGAAACAGGGGAUGUGGUCUAAGGAGGAAAUUGAUAUUUUGAUGAACAAUAUUGAACGCUAUCUAAAGGCACGCGGAAUAAAAGAUGCUACAGAAAUCAUCUUUGAGAUGUCAAAAGACGAAAGAAAAGAUUUCUACAGGACUAUAGCAUGGGGUCUGAACCGGCCUUUGUUUGCAGUUUAUAGAAGAGUGCUUCGCAUGUAUGAUGACAGAAACCAUGUGGGAAAAUAUACACCUGAAGAAAUUGAAAAGCUCAAGGAGCUCCGGAUAAAGCAUGGCAAUGACUGGGCAACAAUAGGGGCGGCGCUAGGAAGAAGCGCAUCUUCCGUCAAAGAUCGGUGCCGACUGAUGAAGGAUACUUGCAACACAGGGUGGGAGGAGGAGCUGAUGGUGCCUGAGGCAUUGAGGAGCCAGUUGUGCCAGCCGCCCCCCAGGUGGUGCAGAAACAGGAGCGGGGAAGGGAAGGCAGAAGAGACAGGUGCCAGCGGAAGGCAGAGAAGAGAAUUCCCAGUUUUAAAUCUUGGCAGCUCAGAGGAGCAGACUCCAGGGAAGUGGACAGAAGAAGAGGAAAAGAGACUUGCAGAGGUGGUUCAUGAAUUGACAAGCACUGAGCCUGGUGACAUAGUGACACAGGGCGUGUCUUGGGCAGCUGUGGCAGAACGAGUGGGGACCCGCUCAGAAAAGCAGUGUCGCUCUAAAUGGCUCAACUACCUGAACUGGAAACAAAGUGGAGGUACUGAAUGGACCAAGGAAGAUGAAAUCAAUCUCAUCCUCAGGAUAGCAGAGCUUGAUGUAGCUGAUGAAAAUGACAUAAACUGGGAUCUGUUAGCAGAGGGAUGGAGCAGUGUCCGUUCACCACAGUGGCUUCGAAGUAAAUGGUGGACCAUCAAAAGGCAAAUUGCAAAUCAUAAGGAUGUUUCGUUUCCUGUCUUAAUAAAAGGUCUUAAACAGUUACAUGAGAACCAAAAAAACAACCCAACGCUUUUGGAGAAUAAAUCAGGAUCUGGAGUUCCAAACAGUAAUUCCAAUUCCAGUGUACAGCAUGUCCAGAUCAGAGUCGCCCGCUUGGAAGACAGCACAGCCAUGUCUCCAAGCCCCGUGGCAGCCUUGCAGAUUCCGGUCCAGAUCACCCAUGUCUCUUCAACGGAGUCCCCUGCCGCUACUGUUGACUCGGAAACAAUAACACUAAACAGUGGAACACUACAGACAUUUGAGAUUCUUCCAUCUUUCCAUUUACAGCCCACUGGCACUCCAGGCACAUACCUACUUCAAACAAGCUCAAGCCAAGGCCUUCCCCUAACUCUGACGGCUAGUCCUACAGUAACCCUGACAGCUGCUGCUCCUGCUUCUCCUGAACAGAUCAUUGUCCAUGCUCUAUCCCCAGAACAUUUGUUGAACACAAGUGACAAUGUCACAGUACAGUGUCACACACCAAGAGUCAUCAUCCAGACUGUUGCCACAGAGGACAUCACUUCUUCCAUGUCCCAAGCAGAACUGACGGUAGAUAGUGAUAUUCACUCAUCUGAUUUUCCUGAGCCUCCAGAUGCCCUAGAAGCAGACACUUUCCCCGAUGAAAUUCAUCAGCCUAAGAUAACUGUAGAGCCAUCAUUUAAUGAUGCUCAUGUAUCCAAAUUCAGUAACCAAAAUAGCACAGAACUGAUGGAUAGUGUUAUGGUCAGAACAGAAGAAAUCUCUGACACCGACCUUAAACAAGAGGAGUCGUCUUCUCCUUUAGCCCGUGCUUACGUUACUGAGGACCUCGAGUCUCCUACCAUAGAAGAACAAGUUGAUCAGACAACCAUUGACGAUGAAACAAUACUUAUUGUUCCUUCACCACAUGGCUUUAUCCAGGCAUCUGACGUUAUCGAUACCGAAUCGGUCUUGCCUUUGACGACGCUAACAGAUCCAAUACUCCAACAUCAUCGAGAAGAAUCAAAUAUCAUUGGAUCAUCUUUGGGCAGUCCUGUUUCAGAAGACUCAAAGGAUGUUGAAGAUUUGGUCAACUGUCAUUAGGUAAUUCUUAAAAGACAGGUACCUCAGGCAAAGAAGCCACACUGUUAAUUACAUCUCCAAAGAAAUAGGAGCAACUCCCAAGAGGCUGAAUUUACCAUUCCUAUGGCUUUUAAAUAGCUACAGUGCUGAAGCCACAUACAGUGUUGCUGCUAUGACUUUUUACCUCCUUUAAAUGGAUCAUCUGAGGUCUAGUCUUAUGACAGUGUGUAGGUGACUCGAGUAUGGAGGACUUAACUGCAUAGAUCCCUGUGAUUAGUGUUAAUUGACAGCAGGGAAUUUCAUUCAGCUACUGAAAAAAAGUUUACAAUCACCAAAGCUUAACUACUCUGUUUUAAAAGCAGUGAUAUUCAUCUCUGAAGAUCAGACACGGCUCUAUCCAUUCUCAAGCAGGCCUUUUCAUAUUUCAGAGAAGUCCUGUCAACAUGGUGUGGAGCUUAUCAGCGACCCUCAAAAAUGUUACGUAUCCUUAGUCUGAAAGUUAACCAGCAUACACACACACACACAGAGACCUAAGAGACGAUUGUGUGGCGGUUGCUUUUGGUUUACCCAUUGCUGGCAGUGGGAGCUGAUUUAGGCUGGGUACACAGAAAAGCAUUAAAAGAAUUAAAAUUCACUACAGGUUUUUUACUACUUUUAAAGGGAAUAUGGAAGAGAGUAGCAACACAGCUCACCAGAAGCUAAGCAGACUUUUCACCCCUUCGGAACCCCCCGUUGUUGGUUUACAAAGUUAGCACUUUGAAGUAAAAUUAAACUAAAUGACAAAGGAAGGAAAGUUGCCUACCCCAUACCAGGCAUGUUUCUUACAUGUUUUGCUAUACAGAUGACCCAGGAAAUAGUUGAGGAAGGUAUUGCAGUCUGCCCUUCACUUUAGUGCAUUAGCUGGUGGGGUGCCACUUAACUUCUCCCUCUCAGGCAGUUUAAAAACACAAAAUUUGCUUCUGUUAGCAAAGCAAAGAAAUCAAGAGUCAUUCCUGUAUUAGAGAAGGUUAAACCAAAAUUAGCCUCUAGGACUUUAAUGAACAUGACCCCAAUAGAAAAGCCACACACACACACACACAAAAACAAAACAAAAAAAAAACUUGUAUAAAUUAUUUUAUUUAUUACUGUAAUUAGAUCUUCACAAUCAAAGUUGUCUUUUCACCGUGUUUUGUUAAUGUGAAAUUUAAUUGUAGUUAUAAGCAAAAGUUGGUUGCCUAGGGAACAAUUGUAUAUUCAGUUUAACAGAAAUAAAAGAAUAUUUGUCUUAAAAUGCAA